UGGGCGGUGACGUUCUAUAUAAAGUUUAUCUUGAGGUUUCUUACAUUACAUACAAAUAUAUAUUUGAUAAUCCGUCAUCUAGUAAUUUGAAGCUGCUCGUUUUGAUUCUCUCCACCCAGAGGAUUUCAACUAAAAGACCUAAAAGGAUAUAUUUUGAGGAAGAAAUGUUGCAAUCGGAAAGCCUUAGAAACGCAGCUAGAGUACAUAAAGAGGCCGCUAUGGAGUGCUACAAAGCGGGCAGGUUUGGUAGAGCCAAAGAUAAAGCAUACGUCGCUAGUUAUAUCUUUCCCGAGCUUCCUGGUCUUCGCCGUCUCAAUGCCGUUCUUCAGGUGCUGAUCGGGUAUGAUAAGAAAUUCAUCGGUAGUGUUGACUGGUACGCUGUUUUAGGGGCUUACCCAACCGAGGAUGUUCCAACAAUCCAGGAACGUUACAGAAAACUGUUUCUGGACAUGACCAUGGACGAUGGCGAGUCUCUCGAUGGCACAUAUAAAGCAAAGAAGAUAUUGUCUGACUCCUGGAAAUUCUUGUGCAAUGAAAAGGGCAAGAAACUUUAUGACAUGAGGCGCCACGAGCUUCAAUUAAGAGAUCGACAGCUCCCGAGCUCGUUAUUUGUUCCCGUGGUUUUGUCGGCACCUAAACCGAACAUGUCUAAUGAACAGAUGGUACAACCUCCUCCUCCUGCAUUCAGAGUUAGCGGAGGAGAAAGAAAACGAAAGGCGUCUUCAUCAACAACUGUCCCUCAUGUCAACAAGGGAAGAAAAAAACAGUGAAGACCAAUUCUUAAUCCUGUUUUCUUUCUAGACUUGAUAUAAUAAACUACAAUGAAGCUGAGUUAGUAUCCGUGUGAUACUUAGGGAUGUUAACAUGGGUAGUUACCCAUGGGUUUACCCAAACCCAUUAAUAAUGGGCUGGGUUUUUACCCAUCUAAAAUUAAUUGGGUCAACCAUGGGUAUUAAUUUUAAAACCCAUAUUUAUGUUGGGUAAAUACAAAAGGGUAAUGGUGUACCCAUGGGUUUUCAAUUAUAUAUAUAGAUUUUUACCAUUUUAAUUAAAUUAUAUAAAAAUUACAAAAACGUUUUUUUCCGUCAGAACCAAAAAAUGAUUUUUUUUCGCAAAAACCCUAAAACUAAUAUUUCUAACAGAAACCAAAAACGAGUUUUCCCGCUGAAACCGAAAAAUCGAGUUUUUCUACCGAAACCACAAAACUUGUUUUUCCGCCAAAACCAUAAAACUAAGUUUCCCGCCAAAACCGCAAAACUGAGUUUUCUCACCAAAACUGCAAAACUGAGUUUUCCCGCUAAAACCGUAAAAUCGAGUUUUCCGACUGAAAGCCCCAAAAUCGAGUUUUUCCGCCAAAACCGCAAAAGGUGUUUUCCCGCCAGUGCCGUAAAACUCAAUUUUCCCGCCAAAACCGCAAAAACCGAGUUUUCCCGCCAAAACCGCAAAAAAAUGAGUUUUCCCGCCAAAACCGCAAAUGAGUUUUUCCGCCAAAACCGCAAAAAAUGAGUUUUCCCGCCAAAACCGUAAAACUGAGUUUUUCCGCCAAAACCGAAAAUUGAGUUUUCCCGCCAAAGACGAGAAACCGAGUUUUUCCCCCAAAACCGCAAAACCGAGUUUUCCCGCCAAAAUCGAAAAAUCGAGUUUUCCCGCCAAAAUCGAAAAAUCGAGUUUUCCCGUCAAAGUCGAAAACCGAGUUUUCCCGCUAAAACCGUAAAAACGAGUUUUUCCAUCAAAAUCAAAAACGAGUUUUUCCGCCAAAACCGCAAAAGCGAGGUUUCCUGCCAAAACUGCUAAAAUUCAGAAUAAAUAAGAUAAUACUUUGGGUACCCACGGGUAAACCUAUACCAUAUUGGGUUUAUUUUCUAGGUUUGGAUUUCAACCCUGAUGUUUCUGGGUUUUUGCAGGUUGGGUAUAAACUGGGUUGGGUUAUUUGUGGGUUGGGCUGGGCUGGGUUAUUUUACCCUACGUUAACAUCCCUAGUGAUACUGAUUCAGUGACUUUAUCUCUGCCUUUUAUUUCGUUUUCAAAAGUUGAUAGAUGUUCCUAGGAACAUGAUUGUAUCUUGAAGCAAUGUUAUCUUUUAGGAAUGAGACUUUGAUUUUACCAUAUAUCAUUUUGAAAGUAGUUUCUCUAUCAAAGUAGAAAUAAUAAUAACAUUUGCAUUACAUAAGGCUUGACUGGUUUUUCUGUUAGCACCCGUAAAUACUGCAUUUGCGGGUGGUAGUGGUUGUUAACGUUUUGUAACAAUCACAAAAACACUAUAAAUCACUUUAAAUCGUUCUAAACUUAUUAAAAUCAACAGUUGGUUUCCGGUAUCGUUUACGAUUACGACGGUUGGAAAUGAAAUAUUUAAAAAACAAAUAUUAAUAUAUUAUAAAUAAAAAUAUAUAAAAACAUUUUUUAGCUUAUAUUCACUAACAUUAUUAUUUUUUGUAUUAUAAAAACUUUAAACCAAAAAUAUUCACUAUAAUUUUUAAACAAUAAUAUAUGUACAUAUAGGAACCAAAUUGUUUUUGAAAGUCUAAUAUAAAUCUUCAUAAUUGUUUUUGAAAUUAUAACUGUCAUCUAAACUAAAAAAAAUUAAAUAAAUAAACAUAAUAAUAUUAUUAAUUAUACUAAAUUAUGAUUUUAUAUAUGUUAUCAUAAUAAUAUGUUUUGACAUAUUUAUAAUGUGUUAAUUUUGACAAUUUAUUGUUAAAUUAUUGCAUCAUCUCAUAAUCAACAAGUCAUAAGUAUUCUGCAAACGUAUCAACUCUUAAUCGUUGUACCAGUCAUACAACUUAAUAACGUUUGAAACCACAUCUAUCCACAUCUGCAAACUCCCACAACCAUAUCCAAAAUUGUUGCAUUCAACCAUCUAGACCCUUAAUUUAUCCAGAUAAAGAUAUAUACUUUACUAGUAAAUUUUUAUUGAAAACUAAGAUUUUUAUUUGAUUUGUAUUUAACGUUAAUAACUCCAACAUAUAAUGCAAAUAAUAAUAUUAAAUAUGUUAGAACAAAGAAUUACUAAGAUAAGCUAGGGAGUAGGCACAUAGAUUAAGAAAAAAUAUUAUUUGCUUUUGUAAACCACCGUAUGAAUAUACUCCCUUUAACUCCAAUCAAAAUCUCAUGUCCCAAAAUCCAAAUACUUAUGGGCUGAUUGGCAAAUGCUCUAGAUGUUGUUGACAGUCAUCUCUAUUUCUAAAGCUAUUUUGUAAAGCAAUCAUGCUUUAACUUUUAAAAAAUAAAUCUAGGGCAAACGAAGUUUAGAAAAGGAAAUAUCUUAAUUCUAGAAGUCCAUUUUUCUACAGCUUUUAUUUAGUUCUUUCAGUAUAUUUGAAAAUAUUUCUAUAGCAAACAAAUUAAAACCACAGCCAAAAUACUCACAACAAAUAAUUUCUAAAGCAUAAAAUCUAAAACUAGAGAACCAACCAAUGAUCCCCUUAGGAAUUGAAAUAUAAAAAAUGGAAAGCUGAAUUAUCC